ACUUAAUACAAUCCAAUCAAGGUAAUUUUGUUUAUCAAACUCCGCAUCCGCAGACUUUAUUACGCAACAUGAUUUGACAACAAUUGAUGAAAGUAUCAGGAUAAUUUGGUGGUAUAAAGCAAUCCAACCUCUGUAUUGCCAGAUAGCAUUAAAGAUUUUUCAAUCUAAUCGCUUAUCUAAGCGCAUUCACUUCCAAUUAUUGUGCGCAAGCAAACACGUUGUACGGAAGGCAUAAAAUGCUACACAUUGGAUAGAGACACACACAGUACACACAAAAAGUCGCUCCGAGAUUAUCGAUUUCGGCUAGCAGCAAUUAAACAAUCUGGCGUAAUAAAAUCAGUUUUGUAUUGAGUUUCGAAAUUGUCAUAAAUUGUCGCUUUGUUGGCGCUUGAUUGAUUUGGCUAGUCCGGUUGACGUAUUGCUCUUAUUAGGCGUGCUAGCAACGCAUACAAGCGAAAAAUAAAUUUAUUGGGUCAAAAAAAAAUCCUCUAGUCAUGCCAUAUACAUUAUCUGGUGCGUUUGGGGCUUUUAAUCAAAUUCAAUCUAUUUCAACCUUGACUCACUGAUUGUGCAUGUGAACACCUCGAACGAAUAGGUGAUAACGAUGAAUACUAAUUGUAUCUGUACUAUGUUUCUUUACGAUAAAAAGGUUUUUUCAUAAAAUUUUAUAAAAUUUCAAAGAAUCCUUGAGUCAUAAGUAGGGAAAUGUCGAAGUAAUUGAUUUAACGGAUAUGUUUAACGCAUAAAAUAAGACAACGAAAGGAAAACAAAAUUGCCUCCAUAAAUAGGCUCCAUCUUACGCCACAUUUCUUAUGCUACAUUCACUCCUCCAACUAAAACUGAUAAAGUGAUAAGCAAAUAAAUAAACCGAAAGCAGACGUUACUGAUUACAAAGUUACGUCAAAUUAGAAGCAAAAAAACAUGAAAAGAAUUGCUAAAAGAGUUAUAAAAACGUUUUAUCAUCCAAUCUUUCACAACCACCCUGUGUGAUACGCUUCUUAUGCGAUUGUUUAUUUUCAUUCGCACAAGGAAUCCAACACUACGGUGAGCGAUAGCCUGUAGCCCUCUCACCAAGAAUGAUUUUAAGUGCAGCCGAAUCUUUGAUGAAACACAGCAAAAGAGCGAAUUUGAGUCUCAGCAGUCGGUUGCAGCAUCUCACCACCAAACCAAUUCACCACAAUCUGGUGAGAAGAGGUGAAUAACUCUGUUCUCAUGUGGAAAUUCUCACUAAGGGUUGAUUGGGGUGAGUUUUUUUUUCACUCCGUGACAAGAAUAGUGAGAGAGAGAAUAAUGCUUGAGCUUCUCGCUGCAAGACAAAAAGAGCCAGAAAGCUUCCAGCAUGAAAUAAAAUGGGGUGCUCAAUGUUGCCGCUAUGUUUCGCUGGAAGGCGUGGCUACGUUUGCUGAAAUCUGUUGAUCUUUUUGACGGUUCGAGUACGCUUAUCAGUGCUCGAUUUUCUCAGUGCUCGUUGGCAGCGGAGCUAGGAUUGUUGUGAAUGUUGCGCCUUUGAAACGCGGACGUGGUUGGCGGCGUGUUUUCGCCUGGUUACGGAUUGAGGAUCACAACCAAAGGUUUUGGUUCGUCUUUUGCUUUUCCGCAAACAACGGUGCCCUCUUGGCACGCAAUAUCAAUCCCAGGGCUUAGGGAUUUUGUAAGAGAGUGGAUGAGAGUGAGCUUUUGAGCAAAGGCCCUUAGCAAACCGACACAGUGUUAGUGACGGCAGCCAUGAACGACCACAAAACAACAGAAAAAAAACUCGCAAAGUUGCCGAGCAUAAAUUGGGCGCAAGAUGAAAAGAGAUAAAAAACCUCCGGUGUUCGUGGCUGUGCAUAUCGCCGCGUGUGUGUGCCGGUAGGAAGCAGAUAGAACAACAUCAACAACAUUACUCAUUCCACGGUGGUCGUUGAAUCAGCGGCAAUCAUUGAAUCUUUGCCGAGCCCACAUCAAUGAACGGCCAAACAGUAGCGAUCUGAACUCUGACGAGGACAGCGGGCGUGAUACGAAGAAGUGCAGCAAAAACACAUGCUUACAGUAGUCUGUCGACAGAAAGAAGUCACGACGUCUGGCUGCGAAUAGUGCUGUGCUGGAAACAGAUGUCGCGAGUGUGAUUUUUUCGUAUUGGUUGAGUAAUGAUUCAGCGCCACACGUUUUCGGCAAAUAUAAUUGCGAAAUGUUUAUGUUAUUGAGUUUUCUAUGAGCGUAGAGUUCUUUACCGGUUUAUGUGCACCGUAGUGAAAUUAAAUAAAGCGUUGUUUUCGGUGGAAUAGAAAUAAAAUUAGUGCAAAAUUAUAUGUGACCCGCUUGAUGAAGCGAAUUAACAGCGGCUGGUCCAUUGGUAGGACCUGUGUGUAGUAAUUGAAAAAGUUUAUUAUAUUCAAAAAAAAUUGUUUAAAUGAUGGAAGUAAGUGAAGUGCCCCAAACGCAUCAACAUUCGAUGCAAUCAAUAUCACAACAACCGUUGCAAUCUCAGUUACCGCUGGAUUUUAGUGUUACCAUGGUGAACAUCAAGCUUAAUAAUGUCAGUGGGAGUAGUCCGAACGGUGUUAACAGUAACAAUAAUAAUAAUAACAUCAGUGUGAUGAUUGGUAAAGGUGGAAACACUGAAGCUGCGGCGAUAACCGAUGAAAACAAAGCAAGUUCCCUAAACGGAGUUAACAUCUCUAGACCGAUGAGUCCCAACUUAUUGCUGACGGCGAACAGCAAUCCGUCUGUGCACGGAAAUGGCAGCAAUGGUUCAUCGAUGACGAGCGCUUUCAAGGUGGUGACACCAAGGGGUAAAGCCGACGCACCAGCAACAAAUGCAAAUGGAUUUUCGCCUUUAAUUUUCAACAACGAUCUGCUAGUGAAUCAUUAUCGCCGUUUGCUUCAUCCAGUAGUAGCAGGCGUUCCACGACUUCCGAAUGGUGCCAAUGGUUAUAAUGAUGUGCCUGAUAAUUCACACAAAAUGGGCCACAGAGACGAAAUCAAAUUCGGAGUAAGCCGUCUGGUUAAAAACGAAUCCGAGGAUGAAGACAACAACAAUGUUUAUCAUCACCCUUCGCAUCAUACUCAACAACACCUACCACCGCAUGCAACCCAUCUGCAGCAUCAAGCCUUGAACGGUCAAAAACUGUCAACCCUAUCGAGCGGAUAUGAUUCGAGCGCCCUCAGCAGCCGAUCACGUUCGCGAAGUAGAUCACGAUCACGCGAUCGUUCAACCCGUUCACGAUCCUCCUCCAUCGAGCUGGAAGUCGAUUCACCUCCUCCACCGCGAAUCAAUCCUUCGCCAACAACGGAAGUCCCACAUGUACCAAAAAACUCCGAAGCGUUUUCGGUGUCGGCAUUGCUAAAGCGAGAAGUUGAGCCCAAAUCGAAAUCCCCACUGUCGAAUGGAUCAUUCGAUGCGAUUAGGCCUAACUAUACACAAUUUUACGAACAGAGCAUCCUCAACCGACCCUUGUUUCCUCCGUUUCCGUUCUUCGCUAUGCUGCAGCAGCAAGGACACCAACUGAAUCCCGCACUUGCAAAUUAUCAUCCAUCAACUCCAGAGGAUAUACUGCGGUUACGUCACUUCAUGACACAAAAUGCGGCUGCGGCAUCGGCCGGUGCUGGUGGAGGACAUUUGGAUUUCAGUCAUCCACAUCAUCCUCAUCAUUUGCUAAUGCGGCCAGAUGUACAUCCUCGAAGAACACACAAUGGGAAACGUCCGUACGCCUGUGAGUUAUGCAACAAAUCGUUUGGACAUGAAAUCAGUUUGAAUCAGCACAGAGCUGUUCAUAAUGUGGAGAAAGUGUUCGAAUGCAAACAGUGUGGAAAAGCCUUCAAACGUUCCAGUACGCUAUCGACACACCUGCUAAUACACAGCGACACUCGGCCCUAUCCUUGCGGGUUCUGUGGGAAACGAUUCCAUCAAAAAAGUGACAUGAAGAAGCACACCUACAUUCACACUGGCGAAAAACCGCACAAAUGUCAGGUGUGUGGAAAAGCCUUCAGUCAAAGCUCGAACCUCAUCACGCACUCGCGCAAACACACCGGCUACAAACCAUUCCAGUGUGAGCUAUGUCACAAAGCAUUCCAGCGGAAAGUGGACUUGCGUCGUCACAAGGAAACGCAGCACACGGAGAUCCGCACUAUUGUCAACUAACCCAAGGCCCGACCGGAGUUCACUAUGACAGCGAUCUCCUCGACCAGUUCCACUGUCGGAUGUCUAAGGGUACCGGAGGAAGAUGGCCACAAUGUCGUUAUGCUUUCUGGACCACCAGAGUCUCCCUCGCAGUGUGGAGGAUCUACACAACCAUUGUCUCCUGGAUCGAACGCUUCACCCAAACCAGUGACAGGAGACGCUGGAGAGUUUAUCGUGAUCGACUGAUCGCGUAAAGUGAUACCAGCAUUGAAUGGGAUAGAAAAUGUUUGUAAAAAUUGUACAAUCCAUCAAAAGAUGAUACGCAGAUAGCUUAAAAAUGAGAUGUAUAUUAGUAUCACUAGUUUAAACGUAUAUCAUAUUUUUUGUUAAAUAUCUUCUGUUUGCGAUAACUAACAUGUCUCGUAUCCGGUUCCUUUCAUUGAUAGACGUAAGAAGAAGAAAACAAGUACGAACAAAUGUGUUACACCAUGAUAUAACUUACUUCGUGCAAUGUCAUCCGUGGUGUGGAUGUUUUCCAUAAUUAGCAUUAAGAGAAAUAGAUAGGAAUAGAAAUAUGUGAAAGGCAGUAAAUGAAGGUAAACUUUCGUUCAUUACUUCUCCUGAUAUCAGUGUUAUCCAACGUUAAAAACGGGCAAUGUCUAAUUUGGGGCACAGAUUUAAUGGAAUACUAGUUUUUUGUUUCUUUAUGUUUACUGUAUGUUAUCACUUGUUGGGCCCGAAAAAGGUAGAACAAAUUACGCAUAUUAAAAUGCGUGUUUAGAGAUCUGAUGUAUUCGUUCCAUUGUGUAAUCUGUGGGUGGUAAUGUGUAGGUGUAGAUAGGUGUAUUUUUGUCUGCAAAGUGCCCAUUGACACAAAUACCCCGAAUUUGUAUUGUAAAUCAAUUUAGUUUCUGUUUUUGUAACCAUUUGAUCAUAGCAUGGGAGGCGCAGUUCGUAAAUGUCAAUGUGAAAAAACAAACAUGGAAAACAACUUGCACACAUACAAAAGCUCACACACUAAAAAUCAACAAUAAACAUCAAUGUGCAAUUUUCAUAAAAAAAAAAACCCCAAUGGCGUGAAUUUUUUGCCGGUCGAAUGGUCUCGACUUCUGUUUUUUGGGUGUAUUAUUUAUGAAUCCGAAAUUUACGGCACACGGUCGGUAUUUAUGAUUAUUUGUUUAAUUUACACACAACCCUUACAGGGAAGGGAUGGUAAACAUCGUUGGCCGCACCUACAAUCCUUUGGUUUUGUGCAAAAUUGUGCAUCCAUUAUUGUUCAUCCCAACAGUUCCACGUGCCUGCCUUUCAGUAUUAUUAGUAUUGUUGCAACAGCCGUACGCUCAAUGUCCAUUUCCAUAAAUUUGUGGUAUUUAUUGUAACGAUGGUAAGUGAGCCAGACUUUGUGGGUUCUUUGGUAUACUGUAAUGGGGUAUCUACAAAACCCUUCACAUGUUUGAGGCGCGUGCAUAGAAGCUUAUCGUUGUGGUCACCCUCGGAACGUCCAGUAGAUGGCUCAUACCCACUCCUUAGGCGUAGCACAACCUUUGUGGAAGUAACAUUUCCAGCAGUUUUGUAUGAUAUGAAUUGUACCUUGUGCACGGCAUUAUAUGUAAAGUAAUUAAAUGAUGGUCAUUAUAAUGCGACCAAACCCUUUCGAAAACUACUGUCCAGCGGUUGAUGUGGUUACGAUGCAUUCUUCUGACUUACUGUCCAUACUAACUUACUUCAGUAGCUAUGUGACCUUAUAAUUUUUUUUUUCGAACAUGACUGCGGUUUUGCAGAUUCAAGAAAUUGCCUAUUGUUCAACAGAGAGUAGUUUGUUUGGAAGGAAAUCGGUAAAGUUCAUGUUCAAUUUUAAAUUUCGACUCUUAAUUUACCUUUUAAAUGCAUUUUUAUUGUAAAAUAUUUAAAAAAUUUUUACAUCCCACAUUUACACUUCUUUCGAACGGAUCAGAUUACUUCGUAAUUAUUGAUUAGAUUUUCAGUAUGGUAUGGAAACAUUACUGCUUCAGUACGUAAACUGAUAUUAACUCCGACCACGCUGAUCAUCAGCUCUUUUCCAUCAUUGGCGAAGACUACAUCAUUCAUUUAAUUUCUUUUUUCUUCAUACCUACAAUAUCUGAUUAUUUAAAUGGAUUGGAUGUGAUGGAUAGAUGGAAAAUGUCAUUAUGUUAAUACAAGCGGUGAGGAACUCGUUUUAUUCAAUUAGAAUUUUUUGUUAUCUUGUGGAGCUAAUUUCAUAAUUAUGGCUUUAUUUAUAAAUGGUUAAUAUCACUCAGUGAGCGCAUUUCAAAUCAUCUAAUGUUUGAUUUAGUUUAAAGUUAUUUCAUUUAUAUUACUGUUUAUCAAAUUCUUCAGAUUAAACCACGAAAAUAAAAUUUUCCAUGUCAUUUUAUGGUAGUGUUCUGGACUCUGGUACAAUAAUUAAUAUAAAAUUACCAGCAAUUAUCUUGAUAAUUUCCUAAAGUAUUACAAACAUUUAUUUUAAACAGAUCACGAUUUUGAUAGAAAAAGCUAUUGGUAGAAAGACCCUUCCGUUUAAAGUCUAUUCUCAGCUAAUUUUUAGUCAAAAUGAACUUUCACUCUGGAAAGAAGUUCACGUUCCUUUCAACUGUCUCCAAUUACGUCGCUUUCUGAACCACCCACUUCAAUACGUGUUCAAAACUGAAACCCAAUAAAAACUUACUGAAAGUAAUACUAAUAAUGAAGGUAUAUGCAGCGCUAUGAUAAACUUUUCGAAAAAAAACUCUUCCCGUUUAUCUGUCUUUAUUUUUGAGUUGAAAUGGAAAGUUUGUUAUUCGUCCGCAAGAAAUGGUUUUGCAACCAAGUUGAAGUAAUCGUAUCUUGAAUAGUAAAUUGCAUAGAAAAGAUCUUGUAACGAGGAGUAAAAUAGGUUAAAAAUAAGCAAAAGUUUCUUUCUAUAAAAAUACAAUUAAUCUAAAAUAGGUGGCACUAGGCAUAUUUGUUAAUAUACAAGAAUGGGUCCUGAUACUCGAUAGAUAGUGCGUGCAACGACUAAAAGCCUUAAAACCUUUUUCGUA